CGUACGGUGGCAAUAGGACCGUUAUUUUCCAGUCCACGCCUCUGGAGGUGACGUCAUUUCCAUGCCUUCUCGGUGAGACCUCGGAUACAGGAAAGUCGGCAGACAGAAAAAAGGAGGAAGAGAGGAGGAAAAAGCACAUACCUGAAUUCACCGUCGCGGCCCUUCUCCGAAGCAAAGCAACAUGAUUCCUGUAAUGGAGUUUCGGCAAUUCUAUGACCAGCAACCAGCAUUGAGAGUCCUGAAGCCAUGGUGGGAUGUGUUCACUGACUAUCUCUCUGUCAUCAUGCUCAUGAUAGGGGUGUUCGGAUGCUCUCUUCAGGUAAUGCAGGACAAAAUCAUAUGCCUUCCUCAGAAGGCGUCCUCGCCUUCAGAGAACGCGAGUAAAGGCGAGAUCAAGUCGCCGUCACACCUUCAGUCCAACAAUUCUGCUUUUCUCGUAGAGAUGACGGGCCUUAAAACUGAUCUGGAUCUUCAGCAAUACAGUUUCAUCAAUCAGGUGUGUUAUGAGAAGGCCUUGCACUGGUAUGCCAAGUAUUUUCCCUACUUGGUUCUAAUACACACUGUUGUGUUGAUGGUGUGCAGCAACUUCUGGUUUAAGUUCCCUGGUUCAAGCUCGAAAAUAGAACAUUUUAUAGCCAUGCUGGGGAAGUGCUUUGACUCUCCAUGGACCACCCGAGCCUUGUCUGAGGUGUCGGGCGAGAAUCCAGAAGAAAAGAGAAAAAAGAUGGAGUCUUCGAGGUCCAACGUGACUACGUGUCCUGCCGAUGAAAGUUCCGAGAAGACGCAGUCCCUCCGAUCAAUACCGGAAAAGGUGGUUGUUGAAAAAAAUGCUGCAAGCGUUCUUGAUAAAAAAGAGGGGGAACAAGCAAAAGCCCUUUUUGAGAAAGUGAAGAAGUUCCGCCUGCACGUCGAGGAAGGUGACAUUCUCUAUUUUAUGUAUGUGCGACAAACUGUCAUCAAGGUGUUCAAGUUCCUACUGAUUAUUGCCUACAACAGUUGCCUUGUCAAUAAAGUGCAGAACCGAGUCCAUUGCAAAGUCGAGAUAAGGGACAUGACCGGCUACAAUGAGUUUGAAUGCAAUCACACGAUGGCCCAUUUGUUUUCCAAGCUUUCUUACUGUUAUCUGUGUUUAGUGGCUGUAUAUGGCUUGACAAGCCUUUACACCUCCUACUGGCUGUUUUACAGAUCACUGAAAGAAUACUCCUUUGAAUAUGUGAGACAGGAAACUGGCAUCAAUGACAUCCCAGAUGUCAAAAACGACUUUGCCUUCAUGUUACACAUGAUCGAUCAGUAUGACCCGCUGUAUUCCAAGAGAUUUGCAGUGUUCUUGUCUGAAGUAAGUGAAAACAAACUCAAGCAGCUCAACCUCAACCACGAAUGGACCACCAAAAAGCUCCGCCAAAGACUUCAAACAAACCCCAACAACAGACUUGAACUUCAGCUCUUCAUGCUCCCUGGGCUACCUGAUACGAUCUUUGAGUUGAUGGAGCUGCAGUCACUCAAGCUUGAAAUGAUUAACAAUGUUACAAUACCGGCGUCCAUCUCUCAGCUGGAAGACCUGCAAGAACUAUCACUUUACCAGUGCUCACUGAAGUUGCACAUGAAAGCCAUCUAUUUUCUCAAAGAGAACUUGAAGGUGCUUCGUGUGAAGUUCGACGACAACAGAGAAUUUCCAACCUGGUUUUACAGCCUUCGCAACUUAGAGGAGCUGCAUCUCACUGGAUCAUUCAGCUCUGAUGCCUCGAAGAAUAUAGUUCUUGAGUCUCUGAGAGAGCUCAAGUGUUUAAAAGCGCUUUCCCUUAAGAGUAAUUUGACCAAGAUACCGCAGUCGAUAGUAGAUGUUUCCAGUCAUCUGGAGCGACUGCAUGUGCACAACGAUAGCACUAAACUUGUAAUGCUGAACAACCUGAAAAAAUUGACCAAUCUGAUUGAGCUGGAACUGGUGCGAUGUGAUCUUGAACGGAUCCCACACGCAAUUUUUAGCCUCGUAAAUUUACAACAGCUGGAUCUAAAAGAGAACAACAUUUGCUCAAUAGAGGAGCUGGUCAGCUUCCAGCACCUUCAAAAACUUACUUGCCUUAAGCUCUGGCACAACAGCAUCACAUAUAUCCCAGAGCACAUUAAAAAGCUGGGAAGUUUAGAACGCCUCUACUUUAAUAGCAACAAGAUUGAGAUAUUGCCUUCGCACUUGUUCCUGUGCCACAAACUGCGCUUCCUGGAUCUGUCCAACAAUGACAUACGAUUCAUACCACCAGAAAUUGGAGUUCUUCAGUGUCUGCAGUAUUUCUCUGUCACGUGCAAUAAAAUUGAAAAUCUACCAGACGAGCUGUUCUUUUGCAAAAAGCUCAAGACACUGAAGCUCGGGAAGAACUCGUUAUCGGUCAUCUCACCGAAGAUUUCCUACUUGACUCAGCUGACGUACCUGGAUCUCAAAGGUAACCAUUUUGAUAGUCUGCCCAAGGAGCUCGGGUGCUGUCAUGUUUUAAAGCACAGUGGACUUAUAGUUGAGGAGACACUGUUUGAGACUCUGCCUUCAGAUGUCAGGGAACAAAUGAGAACUGAAUGACAUGCCUUACGAUCUUUCUUGCUUUUAUUGCAGGAAUUAGUAGAGUUGUGAAAGACCACAUCUAUCUAUCUAUCUAUCUGUCUAUCUCUUGAUUUUUGGUAUUCAUGGAAUGGACAUGGUAGCAUGAGAAAUUAUGUCCAUUGUACUGAAUUUGCGGCUACGAUUCAGUUAAUGGAAGUACAGCGGUUUGAAAAUGGUUUUUGGCUAGGGGAACAAGUUUAUGAGAAUACCUAGCAAAGCUUCAACAUGUAACCUCCCAGACAGUGCAAACACAAGUGUGCGUUAUAAUGACAUCUGCAACGUAUCUCGGUUGACUUGACGACCAUCAAACCUGGUCAACUGGUGAUUUACCUUAAUUCUACUGGUUUGCCACGCGGGCGAAUGGUGUGGAUACCAUCAUUGCUAAUGUAUACCCGUCUCUUUUAGUGUGUGUGUAUACGUGUCUACCUUUGAUUUGUGAUUCCAAUACACUUUCCAAUAACAGCCAGUACAUAUAUGGUCUCCUAUAAAUCAAGUGAAGACGCUGGGAAUGUGAUGAAAUGUACUGAUGCUUAUGAUACUUCACUAUGGUGGAAAUAUAAGCCGCACUUAAUACAUUCCUUCACAACUAACACUUCAAAAUAUAUUCUAAUAAUUCGUAUCUACAUGGAAACUGCAGGAGCAUUAGUAGAUACCCUGGUGAUCCUUUUGGUUGCAGUGAAACACGGUUAAAUAGUGGGUCAUAAAUAGAUGUCUUGUUAGUUAUAAUUUCACUGUACUGUACUAUGAAUGAUAUCACCACAAAUGUAUGCAAUUCUAUGCAAGUUUCUGGCAAUGUACUUUUUUGAGAUUUCUGAUCAUUUAGCUAUCAGAUUAUUUUUUUUAACCUUUGCUGCUGAAUGAAUGAGCACCAUAACGGUGUCACAAGAUCAAGCUAAUAUUUCAAGUUCUAUAAAAAAAAUAUUGAAUGAGAUACUUGCCGGAUGGUCAACAUUUAUUAAACACUUUAACCAAUGUAGAUAUUGCAUUUGACACAAUAAAUUGCAGACCACAUCCAGAUGACCAUUACUGAGAUGUCAUACGCAGUAAACCAUUCAAAGCGCAUUGCUCUCUAAAAAAGCAAAAAUAGGCAAUAGAAACAUUUAACAUGCCAAUUGUUGAAAACAAACAAGUAUUAUCAGAGUAAGAGUCAUUAUGUAUCUACUCAAAAUACAUCACAGGGUGACUUUAAAAAAUCCUGGAGAAUACUUACCCAACCCUUA